AUGGGCAACCUAGGUGGCCUGUCGCCGCAAGGCAGCGUCGCAAUCGGCAUCCUCGUCGGGCUCAUCUCGACCAGUUUACAGGCUAUCGGGCUCACACUCCAGCGCAAGUCUCACCUCCUCGAAGACGAGAAGCACCCAUACGAUGUGCGCCGCCCUCCCUACAAGCGCCGGCGGUGGCAGCUAGGUAUGGGAAUGUUUGUGAUAUCCAAUAUUGUGGGCAGCACCAUUCAGAUCACCACACUUCCUCUACCUGUUCUUUCCACUCUCCAGGCAUCCGGACUGGUGUUCAAUACGAUCUUUGCGACUCUCAUUCUCGGUGAACCCUUUACUCGAUAUUCCUUUACAGGCACCUUCCUUGUUUGCAGCGGUGCCAUAUUGAUCGCGACGUUCGGCGCUAUCGGAGAGCCGGCCCAUACUCUAAAUCAGCUCUUGGAGCUUCUACAACGCCGGCCUUUUCUGAUAUGGAUGGGAGGAACAGUCUUUAUGGUGGCGUUGAUUCUUGUGGGAUUAAAGCUGUUGAAGUGCUGUUUACCAGGGUCCCGGACGAAACCUGCUCCGGGAGGUCAUUUCGCGCCGCAUCUGCAACGGCUACAAAGUCGAAUCAGGCUGUUCCGGGGCAUGUGCUAUGGAGCUAUCAGUGGGAUCUUAUCGGCCCACUCGCUCCUGUUGGCCAAGUCGGCGGUAGAACUACUGGUGCGCACGCUGGUAGAUGGGAAGAACCAGUUCAACCGUUGGCAAUCGUGGGUAAUUCUGCUGGCCAUGAUCUCCCUGGCCUUAACGCAGCUAUUUUAUCUGCAUCGUGGAUUAAAACUUUGCAGCACGAGUGUCUUGUAUCCAUUUGUGUUUUGCAUCUACAACAUUAUUGCCAUUCUCGAUGGCCUGAUCUAUUUCCGGCAGACAUCCCAGCUUGGCGGGCUCCAUGCUGGUCUCAUCGCUUUGGGAACAGUCAUUCUGCUCGGCGGUGUUCUCUGCCUGUCUUGGCGGCUGGAGGACAUCGACAGUCAUGCUGCUGUCACCACAGUUGGCUCUACACAGACCGGACUUGGUCCAGGCAUGGGGAUCGUCGAGGAGCAGCACUGCCCGACCUCAAACGGGCUGGUAGAUGGGACGGACGACGAAGAAUCUCAGAUUGGAGAACAAGAACCCCUUCUUGGAGGGGUCCAGCCUCGACUGUAUUCGUCGUAUCAUCGAGCCCGAGCCCCUAGUCUUCCGCUUAUUCCACCGGGUGACCGCCACGAAGCUGCCGAUUUCAACGCCGCAUCAAUCUGGGCUGAGCUUGAUGACUCUGACUAUGACUUUCCCGACCCACAGUUGCGGUCUUCAGGCGAUCGGCCGCGCAGUUCAAGCGGCAGUGCAGUCCUGAACGGCUCGGUGCGCGUCCUCGCGCGCCACUCAACCAUUGGUGCAAUGCCAUACCAUCGUACACGAGGCUCUCGCCGCCCUCCACCGAUACAAACCGGUCUUUGGAGGCGCUCAUCUGCACCUCUGGCAGGGAUCAUGGGCUCACAACGCAAGCGAAAGAGCCUGUGGAGCUUCUCUGCCUCAUCGGGAACGGGCAACCUUGGAUACGGAACAAUCCGAGAAGACGAUGAUCUUCAAGGAAAUGAGAGCGACGAAACAAUUCGUCCCCGAAACCCAGGUUCUGGACUUCUGGCGGGAUCGAGGAGGACUCUGGCCGGCGCCUGGCAAUACGGACGCCAGUAUCUAUCUCGAUGGGUGCGCCCGCAGGCGGGCAAUCAAGCCGACCACGAUGAGAACGAAGGUUCAUCGUCGCCUUUAUUACCUCGCGCCGACCUCCACCUCCCCCGGAUACGAGAUAUACCAUCACCAGGCGGUCCCAAACGUGGAAGGCCACCAUCGUCUUCUUCGCUUUGA